AUGACGAGUGAAAUGUCGAUCCGCAUUCGACCUGCAACAAUUAAUGAUGAGUCAGCAAUCGAAGAACUCACCUUGGCUGCUUUCAUGAAUGCUGAGCAUUCAAACCACAACGAGCAAGUCAUCGUCAAUGACCUACGCAAAGCGAACCAACUAUCGAUCUCGCUGGUCGCGGAGGAGGAAUCCCUAAAAAACAUCGUGGGUCAUGUCGCUGUUUCACCUGUGAAAGUCUCUGACGGCAGUGAAAAUUGGUACGGGCUAGGCCCAAUCUCGGUCUUGCCUCAGCAUCAAGGAAAUGGCAUUGGGUCCUUGUUAGUCCAGCGUGCUAUGGCAGAACUCCAGGUCCGUCAUGCAGCUGGGUGUGUCGUCUUAGGAAACCCGAACUACUAUACGCGUUUUGUCUUUAAGCCGGAACCUUCUCUGCAACUACUGGGAGUGCCGCAGGAAAAUUUUAUGGCUCUCACUUGGCGUAAGCCAACCCCUACCGGGACUGUAUCAUAUCAUAAUGCCUUUGAGACACCAGCAACUGCGAUCGAUGGUGGUGAUAUACUUUGA